AGACUUCGGCCAGCAAGAAAAAGAACUGUCACUGUGAAGAAACCAAAGAGAAUAUAACCUUGUUGUUGUUCUUGUUUUUGGAUUUCUUUUAUAGGAAUACAGUGCUCGUAGGCAUAUCUUAUUGGCUCAACAGCUUGAGAGAUAUUUUUCAACUUCUACUUGUUUGUAAUGGCAAUUAAGCGUUGGUUUUUCAAGAAACAAAGACAACAACACCAACAACAAGAAGAGGAAGAAGAAGGAUCAUCAAGUAAACAAGACUCGUGGAAAUUUAAAUUUUCUAGUUCGAGUUUUAAAUUUAAGUAUCUUAAUAUUCACAUUUCAUUUCUCGACGAUAUUUUGUUUAAGAUCAUAUCUGUUUUCGAAGCGAUUCUUCUUGUUUCUGCUCUAUGUUUCUUCUAUCUCUUCUGCGGUUGUCACAUCUAGAGAUCCUUGCCGCUGGGAAUUCUGAUUUUUCACCGGUUUAUAAGGUCUUGGGGAGAGUUACUUAGAGGAUAUGGGUGUGGACAGAGAGUUGUAAAAUUUUCAAUCACAUUACAGUUGGUACUAAUUUACUUGUAUUAAGUGAUGGAGUAACAUUAGUUUGAGGUGGAGUUGCUGGGUCAGAGAAUAUUUGGAAAGGGGAAAAUGCGGUGGUCUUACCUGGUACUGCAUUUUCGAGAAAAUGUGUUCAAGUAUGGUUGUUAGGGGUGAUGGAAAUAUGGGAACUCUAAGUCUAAUUACUGUUCUUGAGAGGAUUAAUGGUAAAUCAGUUCAAUCUCUAGUCUUGACUUAGGAUUUCUAUGUAUAAUAAACAAAUUUAUUUAUUUCUUAA